UAUGCCAAUUUUGACAAUUCUGAGAGAGCGUUUCUUGUAUCUUGUGGAACGAUUCAAAUCCUCCUACGCUACCCAAAAAUUUAUUCCUGAAAAAAUUUUUUGCGUGCGCCAUAACGUGUAAAAUCCAGUACGGUGCAGACGUUUCGCUAGGGACGUCUCAAUUAAGGUGAAUAAGGAAGGACAUAAGAGCGGGCAUAUCGUCUGCAUCUUCAAAUUUAAUUGUAAUUAAACAAAAAAUAUAAGAAACAAACCGGCUUGUAGACAAACAAACGUCAACUUUGCCCAUUAUUUUCCCAUUAUUUUUUCGAAAUAAGUUUUCAAUGACGAAAGUCAUACAAAACUCUAAGUAAAAUGGCUCUAAGGGUACGUCUUCCAGGUGAGAGCUAGUUAACUAAAAGAUACAAGAUACAUAAUUAGUGCCCAAUUUAACCUUAACGACAAAAGAGAGAAAAAAUUAAGAUACUGUCAUUCCAUUGAGUUGUUUUUGGUAUAAAUAGAGAAGAAGAAGAAGUAUCUUUGUUUGCUACGGUAAUAAAUUUUACAUUUUUAAAGAGUAGAAUAAAUACGCGUGAAAGAAAUGAAUUGUGGUCCUAUUAGCUCCGGGUAUACGAAAAUAACGUAUAAAGGAUGUCGCACGUGCGCAAGGACAGCAUCAAGUUUUCAGGCUUUACAUCAAAUAAUUAAUGAUGCGGAUACUCAAUCAAAAAGUUAUGGAGAAUUGUUAGUAAGCCUGUUGAAAGUGGAGUAUGCACCCAGUAUCGAAGAUCAAUUCCCUCAGAAACUUUGCAAAAAGUGCGCCAGUUUACUCAAGAAAGUGUACAUAUUUAUUGGAGAAGCAGAGAAGCGACAUGAGGAAUUAAUGCAAUAUCUGUGUGGUAUUACAGCUCAAAAUUGUUUACAAGAAAUACCUAUUGACCUGCCUCAGCAAAAGGGAAUGCAAAUAAAGGCAGAUCCUGACAUAACUGAGUCGUCACAUAAUUUGUUAGAGUUAAUAGAAGUGCAAAUUAAAACAGAACCACAAUUAUCGGAGGAAGCGUUACCUUUAACAAAGCGUAGAAGCAUACAGGCGGAUGCCUUCAUAACGUCUAAUUUAAACCACAAUAACCACUGCAAUACAGAUCAGCAGACGCUAAGUGACUUUCGCUUAAAAAAUGAAUGCAAUGAUACCAGUGAUGCAUUGUCAGAAACAGAAGAUGAUGUAAAAGAUAUUAAAUUGCCGCAAGCAUCUUUAGCCAUACGGUGUGACAUGUGCGAUAAAGUCUAUGAUAAUUCAAUAGCUUUGAAAAAGCACAAAACUUAUGCUCAUAUGCCAGAGGAGCAAAAAAUUCCCUGCGCUUUGUGUAGUUAUAAAUCAAGUCGUCCGUCAGUGAUUAGACUGCAUUUAAAAAAUAUGCAUGGCCCAGAAAUGGUAGAUAAAUAUUUUAAGCCCCGCAGAGUUCUAAAAGGGAAUUUGUUCUGCGCCUUAUGUCCCAAACGCUACAGUAGCAAAGAUAAUCUUCAAAAACAUAUCAAGAAAGUACACAAUAACGAUAAUUCGGUAAAGAAAACUGACCACAAGACUAAAAAUAAAUCGGAUCAAAUCUUUUUAUGCACUUUUUGCGGUCAGUCGUUUGCUGAAAAAGGAACUUUGAGCAAACACAUCCGUAUUCAUACCGGCGAUAAACCGUUUAAAUGCAAUUUCUGCGAAAAAACCUUUAGAAACUCAUCAAAUUUAAAAUAUCAUCUUACUACACAUAGCGAUGAAAAGCCGCACACUUGCUCAGAAUGUGGCAAGUCAUUCAAACGCAAAGACAAGUUGCGCUCACAUAUGCAUGUUCAUUCUGAGUUACGUCCUUACAAAUGCAGCGAAUGCGGAAAAACCUUUAAGUACUCAGGAGUGCUUAAAACACAUAUGCAAAUUCAUAAAAAUCAAGUACCACUCACGUGUAGAACUUGUGGUGAAAUUUUUUCGUUGAGAACUUCUCUAAAUAUACAUUGUGUAAAAAUGGGGCAUUUGCAGUAGAAACAAUCAAUCUUAGGACAUGCAAUAAACGUUUGUUUCACAUUUACAGAUUGUAUUCGCUAGAAAAUCAAAAAUGCGGUUAAGUUAUUUAUU